CUGAUCACAUAGAGAAGGCGGAAAGCUCAGUAGUUUUGGAGAGGAAGGGCUUGCAAUGGGGGUGGGGAAAGGGUGCUUUAAACAUGAGGCAGUGUACUAAAUCCACAGCUCAACCCGAGCUAACAAACAGGGUUUUGCCCAGCCACAUCACAGGAGCAGAGGGGAGCAGAUACAGGAUGCAAGAGUGUCGCUUCCUGUGUUGAAAGAUACUCACUUUAUUUGCAAUUUACCAAGUCCAAGCACAGAACUUUUUACACUGUUUUUUUCCCCUGAAUGUGACAUUCACUUCUGGCUGGGUACAGCUCACUGAGCCCUUAGGAACUGAAUGACUUGUGAUGUGGAAAAAGUCAAAUUUAUCCUUUGUGUUUUUAACCCUUUGUUAGCUGUUGCCCAGCAUGGACAGGAUGGAUGUGACCGAAACCAUCGCUGGUAUCCAGCUUCCUGGUCACCUUCACACAGCUCAGUCCUUGCAGUACGCCCAGGAGUUCAAGUUCAGAGAAGGGGAUAUUGUAAUCAUCACCUACCCCAAGUCAGGUACCAGUGUUCUUCUGUUUCCAUGGAAAUGUAUCAUUGUGUGUUUUUCGCAGACUCCAUAUAGUUCGGGAUGCAAGAAUGGUUUGAUAGAGAUUGGUAGAGAUUAGCAUCUUUAACAUCUGUCCCAUGGACCACAAGUGCUAACGGGAGCAUCCCAGACACGUAACUGCAGAAGGUUUACCACCGAAGUGUGAAUUGUUGGGGAUAAAAAAAAAGUAAAGGGGCUUAUUCACUAAAUACAUUUGUAGUGAAAUGAAAACUGAACUGCAAAAUUUAGGGGGGUGGAGGGGGGGGGGGGGAAAUCUACUUUGAAAAAAACUCUCUAAAUCUGCUGCAGUCAUAACUUGCCUGUUUUAGACUGAAUUGGGCAAUUUGAUAUUUAGGUAACUACAAGUUUGCGUUCAGUGAAUAAACCCCAAAAUGAAUGUCAAACGCUAGUACACAAUAGCCAAACUGGGGUAAGCGUGGAAAAUUUUACAGAAAUUGCAUAAAUGUUAUGCUAAACUGCUGCAAAUUAUGCACACAAAGUAGGAGGCAGGCUCUGUGCACCAAAACCACUUCAGUAAGCUUUGAUAGCUUUGGAUAUUGUACACCGCAGAAACACAAUGUAAACUGCAUUUAAAAGGUGUGUUGUUGUUUAAUGUUAGGUUCAUUAUUAUUUGUAUGUAUACAUCUAAGAUGCACAAAUACUUUAUAACUAACUUGUUAUAACUGUUUAACUUUUUUGGUAAGUGUAUAAUUUUAUGAUCCAUAUAGUUGUGUUAUUGAUGUGUCUGGUUGGCGAGUUCAAAGAUAUGUUUUUUAAAAAAUUUAAUUCACGUCCAGUUUAACCCCUUAAGGACACAUGACAUGUGUGACAUGUCAGGAUUCCCUUUUUAUUCCAGAGGUUUGGUCCUUAAGGGGUUAAGAGAGAGAAAAACAACUCUUGCUCAUUGAUUUUUGUUCAUUAUUAAAAAUAAAUGCAUACAAAAUUUGGAUUUUGCAAUCUUUCUAUAGACCAACUUGAUAAAAUGUCUAUGCUGAACACAAAUAUACAAAUACAAAUAUUUCUUAACAUGUUAAAAUAAUUAAAGGACCACUAUAGUGCCACGAAAACAUACUCAUUUUCCUGGCACUAUAGUGCCCUGAGGGUGCCCCCUCCCGUCCAGCUCUGGGGAGAGGAAAGGGGUAAAAACUUACCUUUUUCCAGUGCUGGGAGGGGAGCUCUCCUCCUUCGAUCCUCCUCCGUUCCUCCCAUUCGGCUAAAUGCGCACGCAAUGAGACAGCCGCCAGAGGAAUUGGAGGUGGGAUUAACCCAUUUAUAAACAUAGCAGUUUCUCUGAAAGGGUACCAGCGAAUAAAUCUUUUAAAAUAGCUAUAAUAUAAUAAUAAUAAUAGCUAUAACUUUUUCGUGACUUUUAUUUUUCAUAUGACGCUCCCUAGUCUUUUAAAAGUAUAUUGCAAAUUUUGCAAUUGCCCUCACAAUGCAGUUCAGUCCAGGUAUAGGCAAGAAAUAUAAUGCAUUGGAGGAGGAGGAAGACUAUUCAAUGACAGAAUUGGGAUUUAAAAAAAUAAUUAUCAGGAAGCCAAUUUGGAGGUGUUCCAUUCCAGGGUAGAGCAAAGUACAGGUGUGUGAAUUUCUACAUUAAAUGUUAUUUUACAGACCUAACAAAAAUACAUUUGUUAAAUCUAGGCGAUCACAAUACUAUUCAAAGCCCUGGUUGUGACCAUUACCUUGAAGUUGUUUACUGUUAUCAUUCUUCUAAUUUUCAAAAGCGAUAUCAGUGUAAAUAUAUAUCUAUGAAAUGUCUGGAAAUAAAUCUGUAAAGAUUAGGGGAUCUCCAGAAUGCUGAAUGUAUAUUAUGGUAUUUUCCUACUGGCUGCCUCGACGCGUGGAAUAACGAAAACAUUCCUUCUAAGGAGUCAUUAAUUAAAUUCCACUCCUUUUCUAAAUAUGGGGUUGAAAUUUCUGUCAUUAACAGCGUUCCAGUUUUAACUCCUCACCGAUAAAAUGUUUAGAAAAUUGGAGAAGUGAUGGCCUGUAAGAGUCAGCUAGUGGAAUAGGUAAAGCUCUUCAGUAAAAAGACUGUACCGGACAUGAAACUGGCAGAAAAUGCAAUUAUUUCCCAUGUGAAGAAAUUAUGUAAAGUCACCAAAUUUUACUAUGUAGGACAAUGGUUCCCAAACCAGUCCUUUGGACCCGGCAACCGGUCAAGUUUAGCGAGUAUCUCCGUUGGAUUAAAAAAAGGGAAACAAAUCCUGGAUUGUUUGGUGGGCCAUGAGGACUGGUUUUGAACCACUGAUGUAGGAUAGAACACGAGUCUCAGGUUAUGUCAUUUUUCCAAGUUGGAAACCUGUAAUAUUAAUUGUGUUGGUUAACUUUCAGAUUAAGUUACCAGCCAGAGCAGAAAUGAUCAGUCAUUAUUAAAGUCAACUGGAGAUAUUCACAAUUAUGUUUAAAUUGCGUUGGAUAAAAACUCCAGGCAGCAACACAAGUGUAAUGUAGAUUAGAAAUCACUGAGAUUUGUUUUUUUAUUAAAGAAGCUAUCUGCAAUCAGAUUUUUGACCAUGAGCAAGUAGAGUCAAUCAUUGGUUUUAUGACCCUUUUUAUAUUUACCCCUUUAAAUAAUUCAUCUGAACAGAAUAUAUGCACAAACACAUAGGAUGAGAUUAAGACAGAAAUGGAUAAGAUGUUGCUUUUAUUCUCAGGAACAACAUGGAUGCAAGAAAUCUUGACUUUGAUCUACAGUAAGGGAGACCCAGAAGUGGCGACCUCCGUUCCUAACUGGGAGCGUGCCCCAUGGCUGGAGCACAUGUACUUCAAAGACGUUCUUAAGGAGGGAGAAGGACCCCGGAUCAUAACCAGCCACUUCCCCAGCGAGUUGCUAGCUCCAGCACUACAAAUCUCAAAGGCAAAAGUAAGUCUCCAAAUAAUGAUGCUGUUUAAUCCUUGGAGCUUGCCGUUGAUUCCUUAUAGUUUGACUUUUCAAACCCUUUUAGAUCAUGAUGUGAGUUUUUAUCAAUGUGACUACUGCCGAGCAUGCAAGGAUGACUGUAAUAAGAGAGUUUAAAAGUUUAAGGACCAAUAACAAAUUAAACAACUUAUUACGUGUGUUACUGGUAAUAUUACUUAUAUUUUAACAUGCCCUGUGGUUUUAAUAUGUGGGAACUACCACAUCUCAAUUGCAGAUUCUCAUUGUAAAAUGUACUCAGCAUCAAAAAGGAUUUUAAAGGGACACUAUAGGCACCACGGCCACUUCAGCUCUUAAAGUGGUCUGGGUGCAGUGUCCCAGUCCCCUUAAUCCUGCAAUUGUAAUUAUUGUAGUAAUGGAGGAUUUAUUAUUCCCUAUCAUUAUGUCAGACAAUGUUUGAAUCAGUCUGAUGUCACUGCACUGGACAGGGUGUGAAGCCGGGAAGACCAUAGAGAAUAUAUUGAGGUUUUCAAACACUGCCUGACCCAAGGUGCAUCUAUAUGGUCAAAGGAUCCGGUCAUAUCGUAAAGAUAGAGAUGAACAAUAGAUGAAUACAGGUGAUACUCGAAAAAUUAGAAUAUCGUGCAAAAGUUCAUUUAUUUCAGUAAUGCAACGUAAAAGGGGAAACUAAUAUAUGAGAGACGCAUUACAUGCAAAGCAAGAUAGUUCAAGCCGUGAUUUGUCAUAAGUGCGAUGAUUAUGGCUUACAGCUCAUGAAAACCCUAAAUCCACAAUCUCAGUAAAUUAGAAUAUUACAUGCAAUCAAUAAAACAAGGAGUGUACAUAGAACAAUAUCGGACCUCUGAAAAGUAUAAGCAUGCAUAUUAUUAUUAUUAUUAUUAUUAUUAUUAUUAUUAUUAUUAUUGCCAUUUAUAUAGCGCCAACAGAUUCCGUAGCGCUUUACUAUAUUAUGAGAGGGGGGAUGUAACAAUAAAUAGGAUAAUUACAAGAAAACUUACAGGAACAAAAGGUUGAAGAGGACCCUGCUCAAAUGAGCUUACAGUCUAUAGGAGGUGGGGUAUAAGACACGUUAGGACAGGAAAUAUCAAUCAAAUAUGGACUCAGUACUUGGUUUGGGCUCCUUUUGCAGCAAUUACUGCCUCAAUGCGGCGUGGCAUGGAAGCUAUCAGCCCGUGGCACUAAUGAGGUGUUAUAGAAGACCAGGAUGCUUCAAUAGUGGCCUUCAGCUCUUCUGCAUUGUUUGGUCUCAUGUCUCUAAUCUUUCUCUUGGCAAUGCCCCAUAGAUUCUCUGUGGGGUUCAGGUCAGGCGAGUUUGCUGGCCAAUCAAGCACAGUAAUCACACGGUCAUUGAACCAGGCUUUGGUGCUUUUGGCAGUGUGGGCAGGUGCCAAGUCCUGCUGGAAAAUGAAGUCAGCAUCCCCAUAAAGCUCGUUUGCGGAAGGAAGCAUUAAGUGCUCUAUAAUCUCCUGGCAGACGGCUGCGCUGACCCUGGGCUUAAUGAAGCACAGUGGACCAACACCAGCAGAUGACAUGGCUCCCCAAAUCAACACAGACUGUGGAAACUUCACACUGGACUUCAAGCAUCUUGCAGUGUGUGCCUCUCCAUUCUUCCUCCAGACUAUGGGUCCUUGGUUUCCAAAUGAGAUGCAAAAGUUGCUCUCAUUAGAAAAGAGGACUUUGGACCACUGAGCAACAGACCAGGUCUGUGUUUCUUUAGCCCAGGUAAGACGCUUCCAACGUUGUUUGUUGUUCAGGAGCGGCUUCACAAGAGGAAUACGACAUCUGAAGCCCAUGUCCAAGAUCCGUCUGUGUGUGGUGGCUCUUGAUGCACUUACUCCAGCCUCAGUCCACUCCUUGUGAAAGUCCCCAACACUUUUGAAUGGCCUUUUCCUGACAAUCCUCUCCAGGCUGCGGUCAUUCCUGCUGCUUGUGCACCUUUUUCUUCCACACUUUUCCCUUCCACAUAACUUUUAUAUUAAUGUGCUUUGAUACAGCACUUUGGGAACAUCCAACUUCCUUCACAAUUACCUUUUGAGGCUUUCCCUCCAAUAAUGGUUUUCUGCACAACUGUCAGGUGAGCAGUCUUCCCCAUGAUUGUGAUUCCUACUGAACCAGACUGAGAGACCAUUUAAAGCAGGGCUGUCCAACCUGCGGCGCCCCAGAUGUUGCUGAACUACAACUCCCAUGAUUCCCUGGCUAUCUGUUUCAUUGAAAGAAUCAUGGGAGUUGUAGUUCAGCAACAUCUGGGGGCCGCAUGUUUGACAGCCCUGAUUUAAAGGCUCAGAAACCCUUUGAGGGUGUUAUGGCUUACUUAGCCGAUAAGAGUGGGACACUGUGAGCCUAGAAUAUUGCACCUUUUCACAAUAUACUAAUUUACCGAGAUUGUGGAUUUGGGGUUUUCAUGAGCUGUAAGCCAUAAUCAUCGCACUUAUGACAAAUCUCGGCUUGAACUAUCUUGCUUUGCAUGUAAUGUGUCUAUCUCAUAUAUUAGUUUCCCCUUUUACGUUGCGUUACUGAAAUAAAUGAACUUUUGCACGAUAUUCUAGUUUUUCGAGUAUCACCUGUAUUGUAAUGUAUGGGUUCUCACCAUCCGGAAGAAAAUUACUUUUUUUCAAGUAAAACAGUUUAGUUUAGUUUUGUCAGAUUUUUUUUUUCUUUUUCUAUUAACUCUUACUCUGUAUCCUUCGCAACCUAAACACAGAAUUUCUGAUCAUAUCUUCCAGGUGAUCUACAUCGCAAGGAAUCCCAAAGACGUGGCUGUUUCCUUCUAUUAUUUCCAUAAAAUGGCCAAGUUCUUGCCAAAUUUCGAUUCGUUCUCAGAAUUUCUGCAAAGUUUCCUGGAGGGCAAAGGUCAGAUAAUAGAAAAUAUAUGUUUUAGGAGUUGCAGGAUUUAGAAACUCCUCUAAUAUAUCCCUUAAAGGGACACUAUACUCAUCAAAAUAACUUUAGCUUAAUGAAGCAUUUUUGGUAUAUAGAUCAUGUCCCUGCAGUCUCACUGCUCAAUUCUCUGCCAUUUAGGAGUUAAAUCACUUUGUUUAUGCAGUCCUAGUCACACCUCCCUGCAUGUGACUUACACAGCCUUCCUAAACACUUCCUGUAAAGAGUAAUCUAAUGUUUAGACGUCCUUUAUUGCAUUAACUGUUUAGUUUAGAAUUUCUUAUAUCUUGCUCUGUUAAUAGCCGCCUAGACUCUGCACAAGCUUCCUGUAUGUAAUUAAAGUUAAAUUUACAGAGCAAGAGAUGAAAAACUUUUAAAGUAAGUUACAUCUGAUUGAAAAUGAAACCAUUUUGUUUUUAUGUAGGCUUUGUCAGUCACAGUCGGGGGAGGUGUGGCUAGGGCUGCAUAAACAAAGUGAUUUAACAAAUGGUAGAGCAUUGAGUAGUGAAACUUCAGAGAGGCAUGAUCUAUACACUAAAACUGCUUCAUUAAAGUGGCACUAUCAUGCCGAACUUACCUUUCCCCAAUCAAUUCCUCUUCUCUCCCUCUGUCAGGAUCUGUUCUUCAUUUCUUCCUUUCUGCUCUAGUUUUCUUGAAAACAUAAGACAAAGUAGGGACUAUUUGUCUUACGGAGGUUUCCUACGCCUGACCAGCGGAGGAGCAACGUGUGCUUCAUUUCCGGUGGUCAGAGAAAUUUUCCCAUGAUCCUUAGCUUUCCUCCUUGUUCCCGCGAUGCUUCCUGUCAGUAUUCCUGAACGUCCUGUCACUUAGACGGGACGCCGACAAAACUGCCGAAUUGCGUCCUAACAGAAUGAGAACAGUUUUUCCAUUUGUGUUAGCACGCAAUUCGGGACUUUGUUUGCAUUGGAAAUUCAUUCUAAUGAAUGAAACUCCGUUCUGAUUCGUGCCGCUGCUGCAUCUUGCAGCCGCUUCGUAGAUAACUCCCUAUUUCCCUAGGUAUUGGGGAGCUCUCUACCAAAAGGCUGAAAGACCUAAAUUGGUCUUUCAGCUACAUUUACUAAUACUAAGUAUACAUUACUUAGUAUUAGUAAAUUCUGCCCCUACUUGCUACACCGCGAGUAGGGGAAUGUCUAUUAAACAGUGAGCAGCCUGAGGUUGCUCACUGUUAAAAAACAAAAAACCCUAGUACCCCUCUCCCCGAGCGGCGGGUGUGGGCCCUAAAGGAUAAUGAGGGGGGCGAACCUAUUGUCGGACCUAUUGUCCUCCCCUCGGCCCUCACCUCUGAGCAGUGGGUGGGGGCCAUAAAUAACAAUAAGUUGGGGACCUAUUGUCCCCACCCCUGAGAGGCUUAUAAAGCCUUGCCCCGCCCUGCAAUUAGGCUCAGAACACUCUGAUUGGUUGACUUGGAAUUCAACCAAUCAGAGUGCUAGUCAUUUUACACAGAGUGUGAAAGUUUUGGGGAAUUUUCCCACGCUGUGUAAAAUGACACAGAGCACUCUGGAUGGAUUUCAAGCCAUCCAAUCAGAGUGUUCUAAACCUAAUUGCAGGGCGGGGCAAGGCUUUAUAAGCCUUUCCCCGCCCUGUGGAGCUCAGUCUACGCCGUGCCCUCACCGGGUGAAGAUGGAUUAAUUUUCUUUUUCAUUGGAUAUUUUUUUUUGUGCUCUGGUUUUUUUAUUUUUAGUUUUUACAAGUUCGACGGGUAUUAUGGUUUUUAUUUGGCCUUUCUUGGGGCUGAAAAAUGAAGAUUUUAGAAAAAAGAAGACCUCAAAUGGUAAGUUUUAUUUUUUUUACAGGUAGUUCUUUUAUUCCCCCCUCACUAUUUUUAGGGUGAGGGGGGUAGGUAGGGUGACAAUAGGUCCCCCCACCCUCAUUUUCCUUUAUGGCCCCCACCCACCGCUCAGGGGUGAGGGCCGGGGAGGAGGACAAUAAGUGUGUGUCCCCUCAUUGUUAUUUAUGGCCCCCACCAACUGCUCAGGGGUGAGGCCCGGGGUGGGGGUACUAGGGUUUUUUUUUUUUUAACAGUGAGAAGCCACAGGCUGCUCACUGUUUAGCAGACAUGCCCCUACUCACAGUAUAGCGAGUAGGGGUAUUCAUGGAGAUUUUAAUCUCCCUUAUACUAUUAUGGUGGUCAUAUUGACCCCCAUAGAGUGAGGGAGGACAUUGGGGGACUUAGGCAGUGGUGGGGAGCACUGCUCCCUGCCGCUUCUAUCUUUACAUUUUACAAGGAGGGAGCUGCAUGCCGGUAGCUCCCACCUUGUAAUAAACUGAACGAACAAACAAACUAACACUGAUAUUCAGUUUUUGUUUGUUCGACUGAUAUUUCUAUUCAUUCAUUCGCCUUUCUGACGAAUGAAUGAAUGUAUGAAAUUCCCGUUCGCAUGCCCAAGUGUUUAACUGGGCAGGUGCGGGAAUUUCCCAGCGCUAUCUAGUGUGGGCAGAUGACGUGUCCCACAGGGACUUCAUCUACCCACACAAAGAUGGCGGGGCCCUGAACAUAGGUCCGGACACAAAAUAAAGUUAAAAAAUAGGUAAUAUGGGGAGCUUAGGGGUAUUUAGGGGGGUGACUAGGGGGUCAGUUAGAUGUAGUGGAGUCGGGAGGGGGUUUAAAAAAAAAACAAAACAGGAUUCGACCAGGACAGUGCCGCUUUAAGCUGAAUUUGUUUUGGUGACUAUAGUGUCACUUUAACUGCUAGUGAUUUGGGGUAAAAUAGAACUAAGGUACUAAUUAAUUUUUGUUGUAAACACUGCAUGCAAGCUAAAAGAAAUCAAUCCCGGGAAACAAUACAUUAUACUGAUUUCCUUUCCUGAUUAAUCAAGAUAACAAAACUGGUCUAUCAGUGAAGUAAAUAUGGACCAUGAACAAUGAUCCAGAACAACAAAUUAUGAAAACGAUGAUUGCAAUUGUCCCAAAGUACGUAAGGUGGUAAUGUGUCUUCUUUGUCCAUUAGUGUCUUACGGCUCUUGGUUUCAGCAUGUGAAGGGCUGGCAUGAACAGAAGAAGAAUCUGGAUAUGUUUUAUAUUACUUACGAAGAGCUGCACAAGGUGUGUGAUCAAGUUUGAAGCCUCUAUAGUGAUAUUGUUUACAGAGUAAGGCACUAAUACUGAAACUAGUCCACGAGUAAACUGGAAUUGAUCAGGCCACUAUAUAGAUCACUGCACUAUAAGAGGCCAUCCUGUAGACCAGGGGUUGGCAACCUUUGGCACUUUAGAUGUUGUGGACUACAUAUCUCCUGAUGCUUUGCCAGCAUUAUGGAUGUAAGAGCAUUAUGGGAGAUGUAGUCUCUGGAGUGCCGAAGGUUGCCUACUCCUGCUAUAGACCUUUAUAUAGAACACUGCAGGACAUUAGACCAGCUUAUAGAACACUGCAGGACAUUAGACCAGCUUAUAGAACACUGCAGGACAUUAGACCAGCUUAUAGAACACUGCAGGACAUUAGACCAGCUUAUAGAACACUGCAGUGCAUUAGACCAGCCGAGUGCUUUAUAUAGAAUACUGCAGCACAUGAGAUGAGAGCUUGAUAUAGAACCUGGCAGUGCAUUAGACCAGUGCUUUAUAUAGACCACUGCAGUGCAUUAGACCAGUGCUUUAUGUAGACCACUGCACUGACUUAGAAAAGCCUGUUUGUGAGACCAAUAAACGCAUAUGAAAUCUUUGGUCAUAAACAGAAAAAAAAAAUCAAAUGUAUGAGUACACUUUUUUCCCUCUACUUUUUUCUAGGACUUUAGAAGAUCGCUCAAGAAGUUGUGUAGAUUUUUGGGAUGUCCAAUGUACUCCAGAGAGCUUGAUGAAAUCGAGAAUCACAGUCGAUUUCCUGUCAUGAGUCAGAACUGCAUGGUUAAUUACACGCUAAUAUCUCAGGACAUCAUGGAUCAUGACCAGAGCAAAUUUAUGAGGAAAGGUGAGUCUUAUCGUAUCUUGGUCAGUUUUACUAAUCCCACAGUUAAAGAGAAAAAUAAAGCAUGAUUUCAUAUUUGAUUUUUGAUUUGGGGAAAAAAAUGAAUGUUUGUUUUAUGUUCCAGGUAUAGUUGGUGACUGGAGAGAGCACCUGACAGAAGAGCAGAAUGCAGAAUUUGACAAGGUUUUUCAAGAGAAGAUGUCAGACUGUGAUCUUCGAUUUAUCUGGAGCUUAGAAUAGGUAGACGCCAAAAGGACAUUUUGUUUACGUAUUGGCCUGAUGAAGUCAAUCCAAGAGGCUGAGCAAAAUGUCCAUCUUCUCUCAUCUAGUAAACAGGAGUUUGGGAUGUUUGACACAAAUGUUUCUUCUGGAUGAUAAAAUCUGUCCCUCACCACCAUACAGGAAAUCAAAUUAUUUGGAUUAUAUUAAUUAUUGAUUAAUUUGGAUUAUAGUGCCUGGAAUCCCCCGGCGCUGUCCCUAGAUUCAGUAUCAAACCAUUUUCAAGCAGUUUAACAUUCAUUAAGGGUCCCUGGCCACCCACAGCCCGAUCCAAACUGGAGGUAUGGCUAAGGCAGAGAUUACAAACUUUAUUUGAAAUACCUGCAAUCGGCGGUUGUGAUAGAUAUAGCGUUGUGAGGUUACUUUUCUCAGUCAGUCACCACCACCCAAUGCAGCUCAGGGUAAUGCUUCCCCAUUACCCCAAUCAGCACAGAUGGGAUGGACUUCUGAGGACUCUCAUUUAGCAUUAAACCAUGUAUCAGCUCAACAAUGUGCAAAAGGAUAGUGCCGGGGGACUACAGACCAUCUAAUUUACUUUUCUUAUAACGUUUUCUAUUAAUUUACUUUUCUUAUACCUUUGUUUUAUAACUAGAUAAAAAGGUGUAGAAAGUCUUAUAUGAUCAGCACCAUGACCUGAGAUGAUUUGGGUUGGGUUAAUUACAAUGUUUAAUUAACAACACCAUCUGGAACAUAGCUAAAAUGUUUUUAUAGGUCUGAUGCCAGAAAAACGUAAUGCAAUAGAUAAUAGGAUGACUACAACAUGGUAUUUUGGUUUACACAGAAGGUCUUUUUUUUUAUAUUUUCUUGUUCUGGUGCCCCCGAAAUGUGCUUCUUUUAGACUUUAUCACACUCCAUAUACAACGAACCACAAACUCAACAAGAAACCUCCACCCUCCUAGAAGUGAUUUUGUUCCUAAAUUCAUACCGUGUUUAAAAUCUAGGAAAUAAUUUCAAUCCUAAUUUUAGCAGAAGUUUCAACUUUGUUUUUUUUUCUUACUUAUACUAUUUUCAUAUAUACUAUUAUUUCAUUUCAUCAGCUGUUUCUCCCUCGCCAAAAAUAGUUUAUUGAUUUACAUCCAUUUUUUUCCUUACCAUUUUCUUCUAUUGGAACAUUGGACUUUGGAUAUUGUUUGAUAACUUGUUAAACAUUCUCACUGUUUGUUUUUUACCUGCCUCAUUUAGCCGGAUGUGCUAAUCUAUUCAUUUUCUCCGUGCACCUAAAUUUCUGUAUCUUUAAACUUAAUUAUAUUUCUUUUUAUGUGAAUAAAAAUAAAGUAUACAAAGGUGCAUUAUUUUAUAAAUAUAAAUUCCUAAAUUAUCG